AUGAAUGACAUUGAAAAGAAAGAGCCGGGCUACGCGCUGGGCGUUGAUGUCGAUGGCUCUGAUUCCUUCGACACCAUCACCGCCCUGGUGGCCGAAGAUCAUCAGCAUGAGAUCAAACUCCGGACCAUGUCAUGGCACAAGACCGCCUGUUUACUCGCUGGUGAACAGGUCUGCCUGGCGAUUAUGGCCCAGUCGUGGUCCCUCUCUGUGCUGGGAUGGGUACCGGGGAUCAUCACCAUGAUCCUGUGCGCCUUAAUAUUCUGGUAUACCUCAAUGACGAUGCACAAGUAUAUCAUGAAAUACCCACAAAUCAAAGAUAUCUGUGACUUCGGAUACUACAUCUUUGGAAGGAGCAAGGCCGCAUGGUACUUCUCUGCUUUCAUGUUGCUGGCCAACAACAUCCUGCUCAUCGGGUUCCACGUCUUGACCGGCGCCAAGGUCUUGAAUACCCUAUCCGAUCAUUCGCUGUGCACAGCCGUAUUCUCAGUCAUUACCACCAUUAUGGGAAUUAUCAUGUCCAUGCCCCGGACACUGCACCAUGUCAGCUUCAUGUCGAUGUUCUCUUCCGCCUGUAUGGGCAUCGCUAUCAUCCUGUUCCUCGUUUUUGCCGGCAUUGAACCCGCCCCCCUCUAUGGCUACAAGGGCAACUACCCAACCGAUGGCCUCGUUAGGACAUACGCAUUCCCCCGGCCGGGAACAACCUGGGUAGCGUGCAUGAACGCCGUGCUGAACAUCACCUUUAUCUGGGUCCCGCAGAUCCUCUUCCCGACUUUCAUCUCGGAAAUGGAAAAGCCGCAAGACUUCCCUAAAGCCUUGGCUGUUCUCACCGCUAUAUCCUGCAUCCUUUUCGUUGUGCCACCUGCUAUUGGCUUCCGAUACCUGGGUCAAUACUCCACAGCCCCGGCAUUUGGUAGUCUAGGCUCAAUCGCAUACAAGAAAGCAUCAUUCGGCUUCGUCAUCGUACCCACCCUGAUCAUCGGCGUGAUCUAUGCAAACGUGACUGCAAAGCUCAUCUACACCAAGACCAUGGGAACAUCCCGUCACGCGCAUAGCAACACCGCCAUCGGAUGGGGAGUCUGGGGAUUGAUCAUGGUUGGAGUGUGGUUGCUAGGAUUUGUGUUCGCAGAGAUCAUCCCAAGCAUGGGCGACUUCCUCUCCCUGCUCAGCGCGGCCUUCGAUUCUUUCUUCGGAUUCAUCUACUUCGCCAUUGCUUACUGGCAGCUAAACCGUGGAUCACUAUUUGCAGGUCUGGGCAAGACAACUUUGACCCUACUCAAUGUUUUCAUUUUCGGUGUUGGGCUAUUCAUUCUGGGUCCUGGACUUUAUGCAGCUGUGGAGGCUAUUAUUGAUGAUUACUCGACAGCUGUGACGCCGGCCUUUACUUGUGCCAAUAUGGCUAUCUAA